GACCGCCAAACUGGUCGGCGAUCCAACACCCGCGGUACCGGCGUCGUGUCCAGAUUUAAGCUUCUUCUUUGCCGGGCAGGAUCUCCGAAGAUCCUUCUCAUCCGUUGCGCGCGUCAGUGAAUCCGCGCGAAAGUACCCGAGCGAUCUUGAUCAUCCGGAGGAUCUUGCAGCUCGAAGGAUUCUUCUCCGCCGAGCGCUCUAUUUUAAUUUGAAUAAAAGUCAUCUUGAAGAACAUCAUGGCUGUAAAAGCUACGAUCUUGCUGUUGAUGAUCACACUGGUGGUCGUCGCGUCUGCCGGAUUGCUCGAGACCCUGCUCUCGUGGGACCUUCCAGAGAUCGAGGCGAGAUCGACCACGUCCCAAUCCAAGUGCCUUUGCCAAACUUCCGGCUGUCUCUGCUGCGUCGAUCUGAAUCUGACAGCCGCGAUCGAUAUAGGUGGCCCGGUUUGCAUCAAUCUCAGGCAGAAGGAGCAAAAUGUGACUCUGAAUCUGACUUAUCGCGAUAAUCCCGUUCACAAUGCGACGACAAGGAUCGCGAAUGCGGCCAAUAAACCGACAUGCAUGAGCCUCUUGUUAGACGUGGCGCAAAUCUGCGCGAGAUUUACAUCGGUGAAACAAGCCGACAUCGGAGGCUAUGACGGUUGUCUAGCGAUCGAGCCGGUUCUAUUGGACAGAGCACUAGCCACGUAUCACAUGGGAUGCUUCAAUUUCAACCAAGGCGUCCGGCAGAUAGAAACGCCCGCCAUCACGGAGACGACGGAAUCCAUCGCCGACACUACGGACGACGAGGAUGACGGCUUAAACACCGACGAGCUGAUCGCUGCCGUGUCCGCCAGCGCCGAGCAUGGUAUCGCGCUGUUCACUCAAUGGCUGGGUCUCAAUCUUAAUCCGAAGCUGAAUCUGACGAACAAGGAGAAUGGACCGUCACAACAGGAUUAUCAACAGAAAGCUGACUCCUCGAGAUCAGCCCGUAAUAUGGCCGACAUCCAGAGCGAGAAGAGCGACGAGCGAUUCAAGCAGCUGUUGAGCGCCCAGGACAACGUUCUGAAGGGCUCGGCGACCAUCGGGCAGUCCAACGGUAUGGAGACCACCUUCGUCUAUUCCAAGCCGACCGAUCUGAUGACCGAGAGAAACGCGACCGAGGAGGCGAAGAGGAAACUCGAAGCGGAGGUCGCCGCGCCGCUGCAUCGGGUCGUGGUGCCGAAAGAGUCGAGGAGAGGAGGAAGGGCGUAUAAUAUUCAUCAGCACGUCAAUGAGAUUUAAUCGCGCUCAACUUGGUCGUCGCAGAAAAUUGAUGGCCGACGAUCAAUUUCUUUAGAGCUUUAGGAUGCCGCACAGACUAUACUUGUACGUAUGCUGCACGUGGAGCUGGGCUGAUGGAAAGAAGAUCGUCGCCUCGUCUGUUGCUUAUCAGAGAUAGCCAUGGAUAAUUUGAUCUUCAUGAUUACAAUCGUGAUAAUAUGAGACUCUGAUAUAAAGGCAGUAAAUUGUCAACUCGCGCAAAGAUAGAGAUCAUUGUCAAUAUGCGAAAUAAUUAAAUUGAUAAUAAUUAUUUAAUUGAUAAAGAUAAAGGAAUAAAAUUUAUUUUUUUCAUUAUUUGGCUAAAGAUAAGAAUUAUUAUUGAUUAUUUUUUGAUAAUUUUCAGCUAUUUAUGUAUAUAAUAUCUGAUAAAAUCAUUCACAAGUUUAAGUCAUGUAAUCCUUCUGCAAUUUUCUUUCAGUUUCAUGCGCGGUUUUCACGGUUAUAUUAUUCUAUUUUGUGAUAUACGGAACAAUAAAAUUUCAUCUUUAUUAAUUUAACUACGCGGUAAUAUGUCAACGAGCGUUACUUUGAUUCAUCGCACGUGCGUUUUGAUUUCACGCGCUCACACUUGCCCAGCUCCAUUAAUAUGAUCUCUCGUGUUUGUGAUCACGUUUGCUCUCGAUUAUAUUUGAAAAUCGUCACUAAAUCAUCACUAAACGUAUGUUUGAUCCGCUAUAAUUUUAAGGAAAAAUACUUGACCAGAAUUGCAUUAACUUGCGAUUCGGUUAUCUUAAAAAUAGAGAGGCGGAAUAAAAAUUACACGACGACAUAAAAUUUCGGUAAAUAUGUAGCUGUCGUCCAAUAAACAUAAGCAUUUUCAUUAUGCGUAUAUUAUUUAUUUCUUCGUUUUUUCUUCGCGCGUAUCAAGUAUAAAAAAUGCAAUGACAGUUUUAUGCCGCUUAUGUAUAUACAUGCAUGCAAAAAUUUGAGUUAUACAAUACUUGCACUCAUUUGCUGCAGACCGUACACGUCAUUUAUAUUCAGAAACAAUAUAUACAGAGAUUUCACCAAAAAAAAAAAAGAAUAAUUACAUGUGCGUGCGCCAACGCAAUCGAUUACAUCACGAUAUAAUCUCAAUUUUCCGUUAAUUUGCGCGCGGCGUUCUCUAAUUAAUACUACAAAUUAAAAUAUACAAGAUAAGAAGCCAAUGUGGUUCCUCUGUUAUACGAAACCUUAUUUAUACGCAAAUUCUUUCUCAACGCGAUGCUAGAAUAAAUUGUAUACUUUUGCACACUAUUUAUGUAGCUUGAAAGUUAAAUAAAAUUGUUUGACAAGGGA